UUUUCCUUUAAUUUGAAUAUGUAAUUGAAUCUUUCUUUCUAAAGUAAACUUAAAUUUUGUCAUUAAAGAAUUUUUUAAUUCUCAGUUAGGAUGAGAACACAGAUUUACAUACGCAUAAAAGAAUGAAAACCAGUUUUUAUUUUUAUUGUAGGGGGGAAAAUACGGAUGUUGAUUGAUUGAUUUUCUUGUGUAUACGUAAUGCAUCAUACAAAACUUCUGUACUCCUUCCUUAACGGCGAGUUCUAUGUGGAAAUUGUGGCAGUUUCCUAACCUAACUAGUCUGACCUAACCUAAAAAAAUUUCGAUAGUAAACAUCAAAGCCGGUUUCACGUUGUCCGGUAUAAUCUUGCUUUUAAAUUUAUAUUUUGUAGAACUGAAAGAGACUUGUAUAUGAAAAUAAAUCUUUGACAUUGAAAACACGUGAAUGAUUAAAUAGUGAGAAAAAUAAACGUGUGUACGUGAUAAAUUGUGAAGAAAAUGAUAGACUCGACCGACAAAAAGUUACUUUACAACACUGUGCUGUCGCAAACUUUUUCACCCGAUGGAAAUUAUCUUCUGGCUGGCAACAUUUACGGAGACGUUUCAGUAUUUGACCUGUCAAAAGUCUUAGGACCCAACAAAGUGGAGGAGAAUGAAUUACACGGACCCAGUUAUCGCUUUGCCGCACAUUCUGAUCAGGAGGUUGCGUGUAUGCUCUCUGUGGAGAAUUUUCUUGUGACAGGGACGCGUGGCGAAAUAUCAGGAUGGGACUGGAAGAUGGUUACGUCGAAUAAAUCUUCUAAAAGCAAGGUUUCUUGGAAUGUACAAAUUCCUGUUAAUAAAGAUAGUUAUGAUAAACCAGAUGUAAACUGCAUGGUGUAUUCAAAGGUGAACAAUUUACUGUACAUUGGUUGUGGUGAUAAUAACAUUUAUAUUAUAAACUUGGAGGACAGAAAGAUUCUGAGACGCUUACAGGGUCACACCGAUUACAUACACUGCCUUGCCAUAAUGGACAAUCAACUUGCAUCCAGCAGCGAGGACGGUUCUGUCAGAUUAUGGGAUUUGCGCAAAAGAGAGAACACUAAUAUAUUAACGCCCCAUUUAGUAGACAAAGUUGCUCGACCACGAUUCGGAAAGUGGAUUGGCGCUGUUGAUUUCACGGAAGAUUGGUUGCUGUGUGGUGGUGGCCCUAGUUUAUCAUUGUGGCACAUGCGAACGAUGGAGGUAGCAACAGUUUUCGAUCUGGCUGAUCAAGGAAUUCACGUAGCCGAGAUCUACGAAGAUCGAGUAAUCGCUGGCGGUACGACCAACUACGUUCAUCAUACGACAUACCAGGGCGAGGUUCUAGCUAAAGUCCCCACUUCAAGCCUCACUGUCUACAGCGUGGUGCAUCAGGAAACGCCACACAAGGUGCUCAGCAUGGCCGGCACUUCAAACAGCAUCGACAUCAGUACAAACUUCAAUUAUCGUGAAAUGACACUCAAGUUUGCGUGAGAAUUAUUAUAAUUAUUAAGAAUGCUUAUUUUAUUACAAAAUAGGAAUUUAAUUUUCCACUAAGGAUUUUGAUCCUUUUCCGAAUUGGGAUAAAUAAUAAUGUGAAUAUAAUUUACUAGAUUUCUCAUUCUUUAAAUAAAUAUAUUAAUAAAGUAUACACUUUUAUACGAUUCUUCUUUUGUACAAAUAUACAAGCGAUAAAAUGUAAAAAAAGAUAGAUAAGCAUUUGUUCUUAUAAUUGCACUUUUUAUGUCUUUUUCUUCUACUUAAAUAAAGCGAUGACAAAUAGGAAAA